CGGCGGCGGCGGCUCCGGGUCCCGGGCCGAGCAGGGAGGCCCGGCGGAGGCCGGAGAGCGGCGGGUGAGCCAUGUGGUUCAUGUACGCGCUGAGCUGGCUGUCGCUGCUCAUCCAGGUGGCCUUCGUCACCCUGGCCAUCGCGGCCGGACUCUACUACUUGGCUGAGCUGAUAGAAGAGUACACGGUGGCCACCAGUCGGAUCAUCAAAUACAUGAUCUGGUUUUCCACAGCCGUGCUGGUCGGCCUCUACGUCUUUGAGCGCUUCCCCAGUUUCCUGAUUGGCAUGGGCCUUUUCACCAACCUCGUCUACUUUGGCCUCCUGCAGACUUUCCCUUUCAUCAUGCUGACCUCACCCAACUUCAUCCUGUCUUGUGUGUUGGUGGUGGUCAAUCACUACUUAGCGUUCCAGUAUUUUGCAGAGGAAUAUUACCCCUUCUCAGAGGUCCUGGCCUAUUUCACAUUCUGCCUCUGGUUAAUCCCAUUUGCAUUCUUUGUGUCUCUGUCUGCUGGGGAGAAUGUCCUACCCUCCACUGUGCAGCCUGGAGAUGACGUGGUCUCCAACUACUUCACUAAAGGCAAACGAGGCAAACGUUCUGGAAUCCUGCUCGUCUUCUCCUUCAUCAAAGAAGCCAUCUUGCCCAGCCGGCAGAAGAUGUACUGACCACUCGGGGAGGGGGCCCAGGGGUGAGGAGGAGGGAGCUGGGGCAGUGAGCCUGGAGGUAGAUGUCUUUGGGGGAGCCUCCCCCCACCCUGGCCCUCUCCCCCGUAUCCCCACACCCCCGAGGGGUCUUGGUUAGGAUCGGAUAAAGCUGAAGGCCACGUGAUACAACCUGGACAUUGCUUCCGGAGGAGGAGUCCAGAGUCGGGCAUCUGGGAUCUGGGGAGGGCUACCCAUCUUUGGACUUUGGGUAGCCUUUGGGCCUGGAGGCCCCAAACUGCCCCUCAUUCCUUCCUCCCGAGACCUGUAAUGGGGCUGUUGGGCCGAGCUCCGCUUCUAGUUCAUCAGCCCCACCGUAUGGGGCUCAGCUCUGCUCGAGGCAGGGAACAAGGGGUUCCUCUCUCCAGAGGACCCUGAGGGUGGAGCCACGACUUGGUGCAUUUCCAAAGGAAAUAGCCUUUUGGUGUUGAAUCGAACUGUGAUUUCUGUCAAAGUACAAAUACCCAUUUGAAUAAAGAAUCUGGGUGGCGUUUUUUCCUUAA